CAGAGGUCCCAUUUAUCAAAACGCGUGCAAGAGCAGAUAAUAUUCCAUACGUACUGUACAACUUGCAUGCAAAUGGAAAACUUCAUUCUGUACGAGGAGCUUGGGGCAGGCCACAACUCAGUUGUCUAUAAAGGAAGAAGGAAGGGCAAUCUCAACUAUGUUGCCAUCAAAUGCACUGACAAAACCAAGAAAUCCGAGAUUACUAACCAUGUACGCCUCACCCAGGAUCUGGAUCAUCCAAAUAUAGCCAACUUCUACGAGUGGUAUGAGACAAGUAACCACCUGUGGUUGGUGGUGGAGCUUUGUACAGGGGGUUCCAUGGAGUCUGUAAUUGCCCAUGAUGGAAGCCUGUCACAAGAUGCGGUACGAAGGUUUGGAUGGCACUUAGUCAAAGGACUGAAACACAUCCAUGAGUUAGGAAUCAUUUUCUCUGACCUGACUCCUGCUAAGAUCCUACUUGAUGGCAGCGGCAUUCUGAAGUUUGGUAACUUCUGUCUGUCUAAGGCAGAGGGAGACACGCUGCAGGAUUUCCUUACCUUGUUCUCUGCAUCUGAGGAGAUAGAGGAAGGAGACAGCAAUCAGAACACUGACAACUUAAAGAAAAGAUUACAAGGUUCUACAGCUUACAGUGCUCCAGAGGUUUUGGAAGGAUCAGAAACUAAUAUGAAGUCUGAUCUCUGGUCUCUUGGUUGUAUAUUAUACUACAUGUACACCGGUACACCCCCCUUCUUCUCUGACAACUACACUGAAUUGAGAGAGAUGAUCUUGAAUAAGGAACCACCACCUCCCAGGCAGACAGUGGUUUCUGCAGGUUCUCCCUGCCAGGAUUUCCAGAGUCUUCUGAAAGGGUUGCUCAACAAAAACCCUGAGAGGAGGAGAGAACACACAUGGUCCUGUUUUGUUGUAGCCCAUCUGCCUGGAAGUUGUAAAUGUUUUGGAUGCUCUUCUGCUCACCCCAGCGUGGUUAUCAGAGCUCUUUUCGGCUUUAAUGUCAGGAUGAACUGGCCACAACUGCUGGCUCACCCUUUCUGGAAACAGAUUAUAAAGGAGGAAGAGGAUGCCGAAAAAGGUGAAGAGAAGAAUGAAGAAAAUGAAGAGGCAGAAAAUGUCUGCAAGGAGGUUGUUUCUUGUAGUUUCAGGCCAUGUGACAGAAGGACUGACAGCCAAAAUUCUGUCAACCACACAUCCUCUGGAGCCUUGAGCCAAAGCCAGACCCUGAAUAGUGAAGUCGGAAGGGAGAGAAGAAGAGAAGGAGAACCUGACGAUGACUCUAAGUUAACUGGGAGUCUGCAAAUGUGCCGCACACUGCAGCCCAAUAAGUCAUUCACACUAGAUAAUGUUUCAGACCUGAAGCCAAAGAGUGGUUUGGAUGAGGACAGCACUGAGGCCAUUUUUCUGCUCAGCUCCCGUGCCAACUCAAUCAGAAACUGCAGUUCAUCUGACUGUCCAAAUCAGAACAUUGCACCUCAGGUUACUCUCACUACCAGUAACUGUACUGACACUACACCCUGUGUGAAGGAUCUUCUCCACACUGAAUUUGAUCUCACUGUCACCCCAGUCCUCGACAACCCCAAGAUUUUGAAGAACACACCUGGGCGAUAUGAUCCUAAAACCCUAUGUGUACCUGCAUAUUCAGGUGAGAAGCUACAGUCUCUGAGUGAUGAAGAGUGGACUGUCUUUCUAUCACAGCUUUGUUCAUCCAUUGAAGAACAGAGCCACUCCACUUCCACGGCCACUCGAUCCAAACUCAACCUCCUGUGCUACCUCGGCUGUGUGGUUGGACAUACAGUUAUCGCUAACAGGCUGAUUAACUCAAGACUGCUUCUAGUUUUGGUCCACCUGUUGCGACAAGCUCCUAACUGGGACAUACGGAGCAAGGUUCUCAGAGUGAUGGGACUACUGGCUCUGCACUGUAGUGACCUUGGAUUGGACAGUCCUGUUUCUGAGGCUGUGUCCACACUAACAGACCUGCUGAGGGAUAAUCUAAGGAACAGUAAAAUAAAACGGCUCCUGCUGCCACCACUCGCGGAGUUCCUCUACCUCAUCUCCUCUCAGGAGAAGAAGAGAGGCUCCCCAGAGGGACUGUGGUUCGUUCCCGCUGCCGCCUACACUGGCUUAAUGAGGAGCCUGCGGGAAGGGGAUGACACUACAGUUCAUCAUAUGGCAGCAAAAGCAAUAGAGAACAUAUCAACAGUGCUGUCUGGUCCCUCCCAUCACCUGGUCACCACAGAGAUAGGCGCCGCCCUGUGGUACCUGUUCACUCACUCCACUGUGGAGGCUGUCAGAGUCACUGCUAUUUCUUCUCUUUCUAGGCUUACCCGGGUGGUCCCAGCAAUCUUCCUAUCAGUAAUUGACACCUGUGGUCCAGCAGCCAUCUUGGAGGGCAUAGGGGGUGCAGGAGCCCGGGUCCAGCAGCACCUGCUCACUGCUGUGGCCGCUGCCUUGCUCACCUCAUGCACUCAAACACACCGUGUAACACAGAACAGGGAUUUGGUUUUGAAAGUGCUGCGUUGUCUAGAGAGUCCGUCUACGAUAACAAGAGCCAAAGCAUUACUACUGCUUCUUCUGCUCAUACAAGACAACAGACACACACUGCUUUACUGCUGUCAAAACAGACUUGUGAUAUACCUGGAGAGAGACCUCCGCAAAGCCACUCCUCUCAGAGAGAACCCCAGCCAAUCAGGAUACUUGUCUCAGUGUCUCAAUUUACUGACUGCAUAUCUGAGCAGCACCGCACCAGUGAUUAUGGAGGAUGUUCUGUGUACCCUCAGAGGAGUGAUUGGGAGAAGACACCCAACUACUGCUCAAAGUAAACAACUCAAACAAACUUUGCCUACUUUGUCCAUAGUGCUGGACCUUGUUUCAUCCCAGGUCUUUAGAUCUCACAUUGUAGCAGGACAGUUUCUGGCUCAAAUUGGGUUGCUGUUGAACUUCAUUGCCUCAGUAGAGUCCAAUGAAACAAAUCUGGCUAGUGCUAUGGGUACAGCAAUAUGUGAAGAUUUAAUCAGAACAUCUCUGUCCAUCGUGGAAGUACUGAGCCAGCACCAUGCACUCAUCAGUCCAUAUCAUAGUGAUGUCGUGGAUGCCAUCCUGCCUCCUCUGACAACAAUGGCUUUCAGCAAAAAUGUGGAGUGGUCUGUGUUUGUUUUGAGGGUGUUGUCUGAACUCAGUCUAAUCCUGCUGGUCCAAGAUGGUGUUGAUACUGAGGUAAAAGAGGAAAGGACAGAGGAAAAUAAAGAGAGAAAUGAGAAGGAAGGACAGGCGGCAGAGGAAAGAGGGGAUGGACUCUCGUGUAUCACUGAAUCUCUCCUUUCAAGGUACGAGACUCUUCUACGAGCACCGGAGCCUAUACCCCUCCAUGCACUCAAACUGUUGGUAUCAAUGACUGAACACAACAGUCAAACCUGCAGGUUGAUCAAAUGUAGUAGGAUCCUACCAAUGGUCUUUCAGCUCAUUAUGGCCAAUAGAAGUAACGUUAUCAGUGGGAUAGUCCAAAACGCAGUUGUUUUGCUCUGCAAUCUUAGUGAGGGCACAAUCCAGGAUCAGCAACCACUGUAUCAACAAGGGCUUAUUGAGGUGGUGGUUUGCACCCUCUCAGAAGCUGCGCUUGCUCAUCUAGAUAGAGAGGAGCAUGCUGGAAGGAAGGUCGGCCACGUUGUGCUACAAGCUCUGUUGGAACUGCUUCACAACGUCCUUAAGCAAACAUCAGUUGUUGUCCGCUCUGCCCUGCAGAGCCAGAGGCUAUCUUGUCCAGCAGCAGAGACGGAGGCAGCAGAGAAGCUGCUCCGAGCCAACAGACCCCUGAGCCAACUCAGCACACACCUCAUUCACAUGCUGUCUGCUGAGAACCAGGAAAUCUGGGAGGAGUCUGUUCAUUGUCUGUCACUGCUGGUCCAACUUUACUGUGGAGAGGGUCCUGACUGCCUGUCGCCUUCCUGCUUACGAAGCUUCUCGCAUGUGCUGCGCACUCGCAUGCACACUGAGACGCCCCGAACACAACGUACAGCUCUUAAAAUUAUUAAACGACUAGUUCAGGCUACGGACAGGUCAGAUUGGAGCGAAUGUCCUGAGGGGGCGGAGCUAAUGAGUCUACUGCACGAUAUGACCACAUCCAACAGGUAUCACACUGAUGUCACUGGCCUGGCUGCUGAUAUCCUUCAAGAGAUCUCUGAAUCCUAAAAGCUUUCAGAGCAUUCAGCCAUGCCUCCAUAUGACUGUCAUCAUUUCAAAUUGGAUCAGUGGCAGCAAAAAAUAUUAGUGUCACUAAAAUGUCUUGAGAGGGCAAUCAAAACAUGCAUCCGGUGUUCAUCAAACUUCACAGGAUUACAGCAUGAGUGUUAAUUUAGACUGUCAUUGGCAUCACAACACUGACCUCUGAGUGUGUCAACACGCCUCGUGUCAUCAGCAGUGACAGAAUAUUAGAUCACGCAUGCCAUCACGAGUCAUAGAUUUCUACUUUGUAAUAACAUGAAGCUAAUGGCGACAUCUACAAACUCUUUUUUGUUGGUAUUCCAGCACUAAAAAGGAAGUUGUUCUGUUUACUUGUAGCAGACUAGUGCCGUGAAAAACCAUUAAUACCAAAGUGGUUCACCACAUCAACUGAGUUGUGCAUAAAUCAUCCAUGUCUGCUUUUACACAAGUUAGGUCAUAUCAUUCUAAUUAAGUCAUUUUCCUGUGUAUAAUCCAGUGUAUACCUGAUCUCUGCCUACUGUUACAUUCCCAAUUUUUUUAACUGGAUAUAAUUACUUUGCAUAAUUAAAUAUUCCAUUACUGAGAAGUGUUUGAACUUAAAAUGAAAGAAUGACACUUAAAUGUUCCAAGCUGGAUGAAGUCGGGUUAAAUAGGUGAGGUAGAGGUCAUGUUAGAAAGAUUAUGCUUAGUCAUUGAAUAUGUCCUUAAGCUACCUCAGCUGUCCAUGUACCACCAUCCUAGACAUCCACACGUGGACACCACCAGCAGGCUUUUAGUUCACAGCACACUGAAUUUUCUGCAACUUUGACUCAUCGCAUUAAAGCUGGACCCAACUUGCCACUGUACACAGUUUAAGUAGAUUUCAACAGUCUCAGUGAACACACAGCAGGUGGACUGCUGGCACAUCAGUUUCUCCUCACCUUCCCGUCAAUAAGUGUAAAACUAAUGCAGCAGGCUCCAGACCAGGGAUGUCAAACUCAUUUUACAUGGUGGGCCACAUGCAGCCCACUUUGAUCUAAAGUGGGUCUGACCACUGAAACUGCCCUUCCUGUCAGUGUAAAGAAGUUGCACUACACAUUUAAUCUCUGAGAUACUGUAACAUAAGAAAAUGCAAUGUCAACAGCACAUCUACAUGAAGUCCAACUGUUUGGGUUUAUAUUCAGAGAAGGCCCCAUUUCACUUCACUGUAGAACCUUUGUAAACAAUGAAAAUCUUUUAGUGUAGUACGCAGGAGGUCUGUCAGCAGGAAAAACUAAAAUGUAUAAAAUAGUUAGGUCCAAGGUUUAUGCCCUUCUACAAUUUCCAAAGCUGUCUGGUGGGCCAAAUGUGUCUGUCAGGCCAAUUCUUGGCCCCAAGCCU